GUCUAAUUUAACAAGUUUUAUACUUGAUUGUUUGAAUAAGUCAUUUUACAUAAUUUCAAAGGUUUUUGUGUCAAAUGCACGAAUCUUGCACUUAUUGAAUAAUACAUUUCCAGCAUUACAAAUUGUUGCUUCAGAAAGAUUUCAGUAUUUUAAAGAAGUCUGUUCUUAUUGCCUUAGUACAUGUGAAGCACAUAAAUGUUCUACUGUAUAUCAUAAAUGACAUCACUUUAUGUCAGCAUUCAGCUUACGUUAACAAUAAAGAUCCGCUAAGUCGACCUCAAAAACCCAUAUUGCCAAAUUUCUACUCGGAACAUGAAUGAAACUAAGGGUUGAUCAAUGUUAUCGUGGACGUCAUCACCGGUACCUAGAUAUCGAAACGACAGCCUCUUAGCGAUAAAAAGUAGGUAAUAUCAAUGGACAGUCGCUGGUGUUGCAGUUUCGUGGUAGGAGGCUGCGUCAAUCGUCUUACAAAAUCGGUCCGCGUGCAUCUUUGCGUUGGUCGAAGUAUAAAGCGUCGUGGUGGUAGAAGUGGAAGUCAUUCGGACGCAGACAGUGCGCCGGUACACUUGUGAAUAGUUAAAUACAUUUAUAGUUUAAGUGAUAAAACAACGAGUGAACAACUAAAAAGAUGCGGUGGUUAACGGUUACCUUUUUAUUACUACCAAUAAUAUUCGCCUACGCGACAGCUGAUUGGUCAUGGGGCGCAGAUGCGGACUCCAAGCCCAGCGAACAAGUGGAGCAAAAAGAUUCGACUUUGUUGCAAGGAGAGCAGAUACCCGAGGCCAAGGAAAGAAGUUUUGAGUCCAACAGCACUGUUCUUGAUGAUAUUGUUGAUGAAUUAGUAAGUGGUAAACAAGGCAGAAGUCUUGGUGGUUUCGACGAUGUGUACAGCGAACCCACGAUUAAAGACGCUUUAGAAGCUGGCGAUAACGCUGAAGCAAGAAACCUGAUCAAAGGACGGCUGUGUACCCUAGGCCUUAUACAAUGCGAAGAAGAAGAAGUUCAAGAAAAACGCACAUAUCUGUCACCAGACGACGUUAUUUACGCACAGCCUGUGGAUAUCAAGCCUAUCGGAAAACCUAUUGCUUCAAUUCCGAUUCGAGGGCCCCCGAGAGCUUAUGGACCUCCUCAGCCUAUGCCAUACCCACCGCGGCCACAAAAAUAUCCUCCUAAAAGAGUCGGAUACGGAGGCAAUUCAAGACCUGGUUUCUCAGACAAGUACGGUGUAGCUGGCGGCAACUAUCAAUUUUCUCAAAGCAGUGGUAUAUACAAUGCCCAUGAGAGUAACUACGUAACUAAAGCACCCAUUUAUUCGAGUCAAGGACCAUACGCUUACGAAAAUACUAAACCUAAUUUCAACAAAGGAUCUUCUCAGUCUGGUUCAAAAACUGAUUCUAUUGUACAGCAACACGUUCAUCACCAUUACGUACACGGUGAUGGUGACAAGGACCCAAAAGUCAUAAUUAAGCCUGUAGCAAUUCCUGUUGGAUCUGUGGGACACCUAAACUCACAUAACAAUGUUCAUCAAUCGUCUGACAUUAUAACGGGUUCAGGAGGUGACUUCAGUAGCUUUAGUUCAGGUGGUUUUAAGCCAAUGUCUGGUGGAUUUUCAUUAGAUAGUAGCAAGCCUAUCUAUGAGGCUGAUACUGUUUAUGGUUCGCAAUACGGUCAUAACGCAAUCAAUGGUGGAUCUCAUAUUUUAACCCAAGGGUUACCUAACCAAUUUUCAAACAACGCUUUCGAAGAUCAAAAAUAUGGAAAUAGUUUAGGUAAUUAUGCCUCACAACACAACGAAUUUCAUAAAAAAGAAUUACACGUCGGUGGGUCUGUCAACAAUCUCUACAGUCAAGGACCAGCUACGUUUGGACAAAAUAAUGGUUUUGGAGGAAGCUAUCAUGAAGCCAAAGCCCAAGGAUUUGACUGCGUAUGUGUCAACUAUGAUCAGUGCCCAAGCCAAGAAGUGAUAGGCCGUAGAGAUGAUAUUUACUUGCCCAUAGACCCACGCAACAAAGGGAAAGAAGUAGUAGCAUUAACUGACGAACAAUUAGAUAGUUUGAACAAAACUGAUGCCACAGCCUCAACUUCCAAAGACUCAACAAACUCGACCGAAUCCACAUCGGAAGGCAAAAAGAUUAGCAAACGUGAAGCUGAUGAAGACACUGCUGCAGAAGCAACAAAAGAAAUUGAACCGCGUCAAGCAUAUUUCGGACGUCCUCCUGUUCAACAGUGUCGCCAAAACCAAGUGUGCUGCCGACGUCCUCUUCAACCGCAAGCGGCUAAUAAAGGACAAUGUGGUAUAAGGCACUCUCAGGGUAUUAAUGGAAGGGUUAAAACUCCUGCUUACGUAGACGGAGAAAGCGAAUUUGGUGAAUACCCAUGGCAGACAGCUAUAUUGAAGAAAGAUCCCAAGGAAUCGGUAUAUGUUUGUGGAGGAACACUCAUCGAUGGUCUUCACAUUAUGACAGCUGCUCACUGUGUUAAAUCAUACAAAGGAUUCGAGCUAAGAGUACGCCUUGGUGAGUGGGAUGUGAAUCGCGACGUCGAGUUCUACCCAUACGUUGAAAGAGACAUCGUAUCUGUCCACGUCCACCCAUUAUUCUACGCAGGCACCUUGGAUAACGAUCUUGCUAUCCUGAAGAUGGAUCACCCUGUCGAAUGGACCAAAUAUCCUCACAUCAGCCCCGCAUGUUUACCAGACAAGUACAGCGACUAUUCCGGACAAAGAUGCUGGACCACCGGAUGGGGCAAGGAUGCUUUUGACCAUCACGGAAAGUACCAGAACAUUCUUAAAGAAGUCGAUGUACCAAUAAUUCCUCAUGGCCAAUGUCAGCAGCAGCUAAGACACACCCGGUUGGGCUACAAUUACGAACUGAAACCAGGCUUCAUCUGCGCUGGAGGCGAGGAAGGCAAGGACGCGUGCAAGGGAGACGGCGGUGGCCCUCUGGUGUGCGAGCGCAGCGGCACGUGGCAGGUAGUGGGCGUGGUGUCGUGGGGCAUCGGUUGCGGCGAGCCUGGUGUGCCCGGUGUCUACGUCAAAGUAGCCCAGUACUUAGACUGGAUCUCACAAGUCACUGGGAAAUUCUCAAAUUACUAGAAUUAAUAUUUAAUUCUUUUGAAAAUUAUGAUAAGCUUUAUACCGAUAUU